AAACCUUUCAAAAGAAACGCACUCUCUCACGCACACACACACACUUCUCUCUCUGCCGAACCCCCAAAGUCUCCGGUUUUUCAUACAGUACACACAUACACAGUCAUUUCACGAACACCCUUUCUUUUGUUUUGUUUUUUUCGCUCUUUCUCUUUAUUUUCUUGUGUGAAAUGUGAAUACCAACAAAAUAUAUGUGAUAUCAUCUUUUACACUUAUUUAGCCAAACAAACAGUCCAAACUCUUGGAAAACUCACCUCCCUCUUUUACCCACACUUCUUUCCUUUUCCCCUAUUCUCCUCCUCCAAACAAAUUUUCAACCAAAUUCAAGAACCCUUUUUUUUUUCUCUCUUUUACACUUUCAUACAAAAAGAAGAAGAACAACACCAGCAUACCCACAUGCAUUCAUGAGUUGGGUCUGCAGAAGAGACCAUUCAGCUACUGGUGGGGUGGUGACGGUGGAACAAAAUCUUUCUUAUAAUGGGUUGUUGUUUAUCUCAGUUAGCAGCCAAAUUUGCCUUCUUUCCUCCAUCACCAGCUACAUAUCAAGUGAAAAAGCGAGACGACGGAAAGCUUGUUGCUGUUUCAACAACAUCAAAUAUGCCCAUUGAUGACCCUUCACUUGAUGUUCUUCUUGUUGAUACCAAAAGAGGCAACAAGAUUGUUGCUUUUUACUUUAAAAACCCAUAUGCUAAGCUCACCGUUCUUUACUCUCAUGGCAAUGCUGCUGAUCUGGGCCAGCUCUAUGACUUGUUUCUUCAGCUUAAAGCUAAUCUUAGAGUCAACCUUAUGGGAUAUGACUAUUCUGGCUAUGGAGCAUCUUCAGGGAAGCCAAGCGAAUUUGAUACAUACGCGGACAUAGAAGCGGUGUAUGAGUGCCUUCAAACAGAGUAUGGAAUUAGCCAGGAAGAUUUGAUUCUCUAUGGGCAAUCUGUCGGAAGUGGCCCAACAUUACACUUGGCAGCUAAAUUACCACGGUUAAGAGGUGUGGUUCUGCAUAGUGGCAUUCUUUCAGGCCUUCGUGUGCUUUGCCAUGCCAACUUCACUUUUUGCUUUGACAUUUACAAGAAUUUAAACAAGAUUCAGAAGGUGAAAAGCCCUGUGCUUGUUAUACAUGGCACAGAGGAUGAUGUUGUAAAUUGGCUACAUGGUAAUGGACUUUGGAAAAUGGCUAAGGAUCCAUAUGAACCCUUAUGGAUCAAAGGGGGAGGCCACUGCAACUUGGAACUCUACCCAGAUUACAUCCGCCACCUUUGCAGGUUUAUUCAAGAAAUGGAGUGCAUGACCACUGAAAUCAGGCUUAAAAAGAUCAGACAAACUCUACGUCCGCCUAAGAGAUCAGAUACAACCAUUUCUACCAACUGCUGUUGUCGAGUUAAAUGCAGACUACCUAAUUGUCUAAUUUGCUCAAAACUGAGCUGCACAAAAUGUUGUCUUUGGCCCAAAUGGCAACUCAAAUGCUUGUCAUGUUGUAAACCUGGCUGCCUCAAAUGUUCCUGCACGUUGCCAAAGUGUUCAUGCGCGUGCCCAGAAUGUUCAUGUGGAUGCCCAAAGUGUUCGUGUACGUGCCCUAAAUGCUCAUGCACAUGUCCAAAAUGCUGUUGUUGGAGUGUAAAAUGUUCGUGUUGGUAAUUGUUUUGCGGUGGGUAUACGUAUUGGUUCAGGUGAAAGGGAAUAGUUUUGUAUAGUUUGCACAAGUUGUGGAUGGACCUCCAAGAUGUGCAGUAGUCUUAGACAGUUGGACAUGAAGUAGUUAUUUAGAAAUUUAUUUAAACCUUUAGAGUUUUAUUCUUAUCAUUUCAUCGACGCUGUUAAGUUAUUGUAUCUCCUCUUUUAGUCCUACUCAUUCAAUUAAGAUCCUAGUCCCUCUUUGAUUGCUGAA